GAUUUACUAUUGUCUCUGGCAGCCGCCGCGGGAGCCCGGGAGGGGGGCGGAGGCGAGGGGAGGCGGCGGCCAGCGCACCAUUCGCUCCACCUGAUCUCCGGGCGCUGUGCGCUGAGGAAGGCGCGGGCGAGCAGGACCCGAAAAAGGAGGGAGGGACGCGGCUGCUCAGCCACCGCCGCCACCAUGUCCUACCAAGGCAAGAAGAACAUCCCGCGGAUCACGAGUGACCGUCUUCUUAUCAAGGGAGGCAGAAUCGUCAACGAUGAUCAGUCCUUUUAUGCUGACAUUUACAUGGAAGAUGGCUUAAUAAAGCAAAUUGGAGACAAUCUGAUUGUCCCUGGAGGCGUGAAGACCAUCGAGGCCAACGGGAAGAUGGUGAUCCCCGGAGGCAUCGAUGUCCACACUCACUUCCAGAUGCCCUACAAGGGGAUGACCACCGUGGAUGACUUCUUCCAAGGGACAAAGGCCGCCUUGGCUGGCGGCACCACCAUGAUCAUUGACCACGUGGUGCCCGAGCCUGAGUCCAGCCUGACAGAGGCCUAUGAGAAGUGGCGAGAGUGGGCCGAUGGGAAGAGCUGUUGUGACUAUGCCUUGCAUGUGGACAUCACCCACUGGAACGACAGUGUGAAGCAGGAGGUCCAGAACCUCAUCAAGGACAAAGGGGUUAACUCCUUCAUGGUUUACAUGGCCUAUAAGGAUUUGUAUCAAGUGUCCAACACAGAGCUCUACGAGAUCUUCACCUGCCUGGGAGAGCUGGGAGCCAUCGCUCAAGUUCAUGCUGAGAACGGGGAUAUCAUCGCUCAGGAGCAGUCCCGGAUGUUGGAAAUGGGAAUAACUGGCCCAGAAGGCCACGUGCUGAGCAGACCAGAGGAGCUGGAAGCAGAGGCUGUGUUCCGUGCCAUCACCAUCGCCAGCCAAACCAACUGCCCUCUCUACGUCACAAAGGUCAUGAGCAAGAGUGCAGCUGACCUCAUCUCACAAGCCAGGAAAAAAGGAAAUGUGGUCUUUGGUGAGCCCAUCACUGCCAGCCUCGGCACAGAUGGGACCCAUUACUGGAGCAAGAACUGGGCCAAGGCGGCCGCCUUUGUGACAUCCCCACCUCUGAGUCCCGACCCGACCACUCCUGACUACAUCAACUCCUUGCUGGCCAGCGGGGACCUGCAGCUCUCUGGCAGUGCCCACUGCACCUUCAGCACCGCCCAGAAAGCGAUCGGGAAGGAUAACUUCACAGCCAUCCCUGAGGGUACCAAUGGGGUGGAGGAGCGGAUGUCUGUCAUCUGGGACAAGGCGGUGGCCACAGGGAAAAUGGAUGAAAACCAGUUUGUGGCCGUGACAAGCACAAAUGCUGCAAAGAUCUUCAAUCUGUAUCCCCGCAAGGGAAGAAUAUCUGUGGGCUCCGACAGCGACCUGGUGAUCUGGGACCCGGACGCCGUGAAGAUUGUCUCUGCCAAGAACCACCAGUCGGCUGCAGAGUACAAUAUCUUUGAAGGGAUGGAGCUGCGUGGGGCGCCUCUGGUGGUCAUCUGCCAGGGCAAGAUCAUGCUGGAAGACGGCAACCUGCACGUGACCCAGGGGGCCGGCCGCUUCAUCCCCUGCAGCCCCUUCUCCGACUACGUGUACAAGCGCAUCAAAGCCCGGAGGAAGAUGGCGGACCUGCACGCGGUCCCGCGGGGCAUGUAUGAUGGGCCAGUGUUUGACCUGACCACCACGCCCAAGGGGGGCACCCCCGCGGGCUCCACCCGGGGCUCUCCCACUCGGCCGAACCCGCCCGUGAGGAACCUGCACCAGUCGGGAUUUAGCCUGUCGGGCACCCAAGUGGACGAAGGGGUCCGCUCAGCCAGCAAACGCAUCGUGGCGCCCCCUGGAGGCCGUUCUAACAUCACAUCCCUGAGUUAAGCAACCCCUCCCCAAAGAGAGGGGCAGAAGCAAGAAGAGAUUUUUUGAAGCCAAAAUGGUACACCGAUAUUUAAGAAGGAAAGCGAAUCCAAACAGUUACGAUCUAAAGAAUCAAUAAGCCUCAAGCCUUAUGUUUCUCCAAUGUUACGCUCGCUUGCCUAGCUUUACGAAUAUUGCUUUGUUUUCUGUUUAUGCCUAGCCUCCCCCAUUUCCAUGCAUGCAAUCAGACAGGCCACUAAGGUAAAGAGUCUGCUAUAUAGUGUUGAGAGCGUGUGUAGUGCUGCAUCUUAAGACAAGGGGACACACAAAGCUGGAUGUCAAGGAAAAUGAGCAGAAGGGACACAGUUAUUGGGGUGAGUGGGUGGUG